AUGUCUGAAUAUUUGAAAAAGGUAGCACAGCAUCUUGAUGAAGAAUCACAUCGAGUAGAAUCGUAUUUACAUCCAUCAACAUUAGCGCCAUUAAUUAUAAAAAUUGAAGAAAUACUCAUGGUCAACUUGAAGCAAUCUAUACUGAAACUUGUGGAAAUUUUUAUUAAUAAUAAUGCAGCAAUAAAAGCUACUCGUAAUACAAAAAAAUCAGCUGAUAUUGUUAGCUCGAUAUUGUGA